AUGCCUUACGACCUGGAUCUCUACCCCGAUGAAGACCCAAUCGACAAAUUCAAUUAUAAUCCUAAGGACGAUUACGAUGAGCUGGGCGAUGAUUAUGAUCCGGAUUUAGAUCCGAACCUACAGGGGGGUAAUGACGAGGAUGUGGAUGAGUUUUAUGACGCAGAAGACGCGGAGGAUGAGCCACCGCUCCAGACGCCCGCUGAGGUUCCCCAACAACAGAGGCGAUCGACAAGCUCGCCUUUGAAACCCUCACGAUCUGAGCGGCAUGUGACGCCGACGUCGACACCUGUUCGCGAUGGAACACCUAGGUCAGCCCGGGUCGCCGUCAUGCUACCGGCCAGUGUCAAGAAGGACGCCUAUAUUAGCGUCCCAGAUGUUCCGUCAGAUGAGGAAGAGGAAGAAGAGGAAGAAGAGGAGGAAGAGAAGGAAGAGAAGGAAGAGAAGGAAGAAGACACAAUGGCCGGUAAUAUCGUGACAUCAGACCUUGUGCCUCCUACCCCAAAGAGGCGAAAGAUCACGGAGCGCUCAACAACAAAAACUCACCCUGUUGUUGGUGCAUCCAACUAUGUGCCCCCGAAGGUGCAACCACCACCGUUUCCAGUACCGGAUAUCUCAGCUCCAACAGCACCCCUGGUCAAUCCACCAAAGAAACGAGGGCGGCCAGUCGGGUGGCGACCAGGCUUGUCCUAUGCCGCAAUGCGAGGAAAUCCAGUACCUCCCUCACGACCCAAAGUUCCAAAAGCGCCUAAAGCGCCAGGCGAAGUCAAGCGCAGAGGUCGUCCCCCCAAGAAGUCGCACGAGUUACCUAGAGAAAUAUUCUCCAAACUCACACCGCGGUACAUUCGCUUCCUCUGCGAAUGGGAGGGAUGCCCGGCCGAGCUACACAACUUCGAGACUCUACGGAAACACGUUUUAGUCGUACACGGGGAUUACAGACAAAAUCGUCAACCAGCAAAAGAACAACAAGAGCCCAAGACAUGCAAAUGGGCUUCCUGCCACAGCAAGAGUCUCCAUUCCAAGCUCCCACCUCUCGCACUAGCAACCAAAGCCGACUUCGAAGCCCACGUUGACGAAAACCACCUGAUACCUUUCCUCUGGCACGUCGGCGACGGGCCCCGCAACACCAGCAUCGAGUCUCCCCUCUCCGAGAAACCUCUGACCAUAACAUCGGCCCUACCACAACCGUCAACUAUCUCACAGCCCGCCGGCACCGCCUCUGCCACCCCCGCCCCCACCAUCACCAUCCCAAAGGCAACACCUGCCGUCAAACCCCAACCUUUACCACCCUACCUCUUCGACGUCUCCGGCACCCAAGUGACCCCUUCCGUGCGGGACCAGCUCUACGAAAACGACGACGACAAGCGCCGCCGCCGCGCGCGCUUGGAGCGGGUGCAUUUCCAGAGAGACGAAAACGCAGCGCCGGAGCCGGUUUAUACGCAGGCUGAGCGGGACGCGAUAGAGGCGAGCUUGGCGGCGAAGAAGAAGAAGCAGGACGAGUUUUGGGAUUAUUACGAUAAAGUGAUGGGACCCGUAGUGGAGGUGACGAUUCCCGCGGACCCGGAGAAUCCUGCUGGAAGUGUUGGGAAAGAGGUUAGGAGGAAGAUGUUGAGUUGUGGUGGGAUCGGCCUGGAGGGGGCUUUAUCAGGAUUGAGCUUCAGGGUGAGAGUGAGAGUGAGAGGAAUGAUGGUAAUACGAGCGAAAUGA